UUCAACAGAAUCAGUCUGCUGGUUUUCGUCGCGUCAGUUUUCACCUAAAAAUUCGGAGAAAAAUAGAAAAUAAACACAAAUGAAACGCAAAAAAUGUGAAAAAAUUGUGGAAAAUUAGUUAAAAUGUGGUAAUUGAUAAUAUCAAGUGAUUAGUAUUAUAAAAUAAUAAUUUUUUUAGUGAAUUUUUAACUUUUUGGUGAAAAUUUUGUGAAAUUUUGGGUAAAAAUUGUGAUUUUUUGAGAUUUUUUUGGAAAAAAUGGAAAAAUUUCAAGUAAUUUUUGCAAUAUUUUUGUUUAUAACUUAUACAUCAUCGGAUUAUAUCAAUGUUGGCGGAAUUUUUGACAGCGACGAUGAAAACAAAGAAAUCGCCUUCGGAGUAACAAUAAACGAAAUAAACAAAGAAAAAAUGCUUCAACACUACAAAUUAAUCCCGGUUCGUGACCACAUCGAACCUGAAAACCCCCUGGAAGCAGCCCUAACCGCCUGUAAACUGCUAAACAAUGGCGUCGUUGGUAUCUUUGGUCCUGUCUCCGAAGACAACUCCCAAGGAGUACAAUCAGUCUGCGACACCAAAGAAGUACCACACAUAGAAACCCGCUUCAACGCUAAUCAACAACGUGAAUCCUGUUUAAUCAAUCUCUAUCCAUAUCCUGGAAGUUUAGCAAAAGUAUUCGUUGAUUUAGUCAAAGCAUACGAAUGGAAAAGCUUCACAGUUUUAUAUGAAAACUCAGAUGGUUUAGCAAGAGUUUCCGAACUUCUUAAAAUGUAUGAUCAUCAUGGGUAUACCGUGAUGGUGAGACAACUUGACAAACACAUGACUGGGAAUUAUAGGCCCGUACUUAAAGAUGUCUGGCGUUCGGGUGAAACUCACUUUGUCCUGGAUUGCACCAUUGAACACCUGGAAGAGAUUCUAAAACAAGCGCAACAAGUGGGAUUAAUGACAAACAUACAUAACUACAUCAUCACUAACCUAGACAUGCAAACAAUCGAAUUGAAUCCUUAUCAGUAUUCAGAGACGAAUAUCACCGGCGUACGUAUGGUGGAUCCUGAUGAGAAUUACGUCAUUGAAUUAGCAGGAUUAUUGGAACGUGAUCGUGCUCAAGAGGGUAAAACACGUGAAGAGAGUGAAUACAUAGCCGCGUGGAAAUUAAAAGUUGAAACUGCGUUGAUGGUUGAUGCUGUGACACUUUUUGCGUCUGCGUUGAGUGAAUUAGAAAUGGCGAAACAAUUUAAUAUACGUCCACUAUAUUGUAACACCACUGAUAACUGGGAGCAUGGGUAUAGUGUUAUAAACUUCAUGAAAACUACAGCUACUAAAGGUUUAACAGGUCCUAUAAAGUUUGACAAUCAAGGAUUUCGAUCUGAUUUUAAUCUGGAUAUUAUUGAGUUAUCAGAAGGUGGUAUUAUUAAAGUAGGUAAUUGGAACGCGAGUGAAGGAUUGAAUAUCUCACGGAUUUAUCCUCCUGCUCCACCUACAAAUGAGUUAAGUCUACAAAAUAAGACUUUUACGGUUAUUACGGCUCUGACUGAUCCAUAUGGAAUGUUAAAAGAGUCCCAGUCAAGUCUUUUUGGUAAUGAUAGAUUUGAAGGCUUUGGAAUUGACUUAAUUCAUGAAUUAUCCUUGAUGGAAGGAUUUAAUUACACUUUUACGAUUCGUGAGGAUAAAGCAAACGGUGCUAAAGAUGAAGUCACAGGAAAAUGGUCCGGGAUGAUUGGUGAUUUGAUGGAACAUAGAGCUGACUUAGCUAUUACUGAUUUUACUAUUACUGCUGAACGUGAGGAUGCUGUUGACUUUACGUCGCCAUUUAUGAAUUUAGGAAUUAGUAUUUUGUUCAAGAAACCAAAGAAAGCUCCUCCUAAUUUCUUCUCUUUUGCUGAACCCUUUGCCUUGGAGGUGUGGUUAUGGUUGGGCGGGGCUUAUUUCGUUGUUUCUAUAGCGUUGUUUAUUAUGGGCAGGCUUUGUGCUUCGGAAUGGCAAAAUCCUUAUCCAUGUAUAGAAGAACCGGAGUUUCUGAUUAAUCAAUUCAGUUUGAGGAAUUCUUUUUGGUUUACCAUUGGUAGUCUUAUGCAGCAAGGUACAGAAAUUGCUCCUAUAGCUGUAUCAACACGUAUGGUAGCCGGAAUGUGGUGGUUCUUCACUCUUAUCAUGGUAUCCUCCUACACAGCCAACUUGGCUGCCUUUUUGACAACUGAAAACCCUGAUAGUUUAUUUACAAAUGUUCAUGAAUUAGUCACGAGAGCAGAAAAAGUUGGGAUUAAAUACGGCGCAAAGAAAAACGGAGCUACAGCUAAUUUCUUCAGAGAUUCAGCCUUAGAAGACUAUCAAGCAAUCUACCAAUACAUGAAAAAAUACGAAGACGACGUAAUGGCGGCGCAAAACUCUGAUGGCGUCGUCAGGGCGGAAUCAGAAGACGAACACUACGCCUUUUUCAUGGAAUCCACGUCAAUUGAAUAUGAAACACAACGUCAUUGCUCCCUGACACAAGUAGGCGGAUUAUUAGAUGAAAAAGGUUAUGGUAUAGCCAUGAGAAAAGAUUCAAUUUAUCGAAAUAUUUUGAGUACAGCCGUAUUAAAACUCCAAGAAACCGGACGCAUAGCCGAAUUAAAAAGAAAGUGGUGGGAGGAGCGUAGGGGAGGUGGGCAGUGUCCUGCUGAAACAGAGUCGCAGGAAGCUAAACCCCUGAAUUUGAAAAACGUGGGCGGAGUCUUCUGGGUGACAGUGGGCGGUACGGUCCUGGCGUGUUUCAUGGUGUUCAUUGAGAUGCUGCUGCAUGUUAUGAAGGAGUCUAUCAAGCAUGACGCGACGUUUUGGGAGGAGUUCAUUGAGGAGCUCAAGUUUUAUAUUAAGUUCAAGGGCAAUGUCAAACCCGUGAGGAUGAAAGAGUCGAAAACGCCGGAGCAGAGUCACAAGUCCGAGGAGAAUUUGAAUUUGGGUGCGUCGACGCAUACGUUGGAGUUGGGGUCUGCGCAGCAUAGGAAGUCAGAGUCGGAGCAGUUGAAUUCUAUUGGGAAGUCAAAAUCAAAAAGUUAAAAAUUUGAUGAAAAAAUAAGAAUAAAUAGUAUUAUGUAUUUAUGUAUUUAUUAUUUUUGUAGUUUUAGUGUUGAAUAGUUAAUAAAAUGAAGGGUGUUGUAGUAAAA